GGGCGGGUGAAUGCGAUGGCGCGCUCGCGAGGGACGAGCAGCGGUAAGCAAGAUCCACGAGUGGAGCGGCAAUGCGCUGCAAGAAUACGAUUCUCAGCGGCGCAGCAGCCAGGCGCCGGGCAUGGCAGCCACUGUCGCGGCGCUGAAAUAUUGCGCCAGAUCGAGAGACAUUGGGAGCGGGAGGAGGAUUCACUGCGAUCUUCGGCAGAGCUCGGCGCUUUCUCGAUCGAUCUUGCUGGAGAACAUUUUGAUCGACAUGUAUUUCAAGUGCGGUGGGGUUGGGGAGGCUUGGCAGCUCUUCCAGGAAAUGCCUCACAGGAAUGUCGUCUCGUGGACUUCUAUGAUCCUUGGGAGUGUCGACAGCGGCGAUCCGGAGGUGGCUUGGAAGCUCUUUUCGCAAAUGCAGGAGCAGGGCGUUGUUGCUGAUGCUCGGAGCUAUGUCGCUGCAUUGAAGGCUUGCUCCAGCUUGGUCUCUAGACGAAAACCCCAGGAUGAGAACGGUGGUGAUCUCUUGGAGAAAACGAAGGCACUACACGCUCAGAUCUUAAAGGCUGGCCACGAGUCGGACGUCUUUGUGGGAAGCUCGCUGGUGGAUCUCUAUGCCAAGCUGGGGAACUUGGUGGAAGCUCGUCACGUCUUUAGCAAGAUGGAGAGCCGCGACGCUGUUUCGUGGAAUUCUAUCAUCUCCGGCCAUGCACGGUUUGGGGAGGGGGAGCUAGCUCUGGAAUUGUUCGAGAAAAUGCAAGAGCAAGGAUUCAAGCCAAGUGCUCGGACCUACGUAGCUGCUGUUCUUGCCUGCUCGAGCUUGGCAGUCCGGGAGAAGGGAACUCUAGUUGACGGCACAGUUGUCAAAGUGGUUUCUCUGAGGAAAGGUUGUGCGUUACGCUCUCAGCUUGGCAGAGACGGGCUUCUGUCGCAGCUUAUAGUCGCGAACUCUCUUAUUGAUUUCUACGUGAAGUGUGGGAGUAUGGAGCUUGCACGGGAGGUCUUUGACAAGAUGGCAGAGACCAGUGUAGUUUCGUGGACGUCUAUGAUCACGGGCUAUACUCACUGUGACCAAGGCGAGAUCAGUCUCCAGUUUUUUGAGAGGAUGCAAGAGAAAGGCUUGGUCCCGGACGCUCGGACUUUCGUCGCUGCAUUAAAGGCCUGCAGUAGAUGCGCCGACGGCGCCAAAGAGAAGAUCGUUUUGCUGGACAGAAGUCGGAAAAUCUACUCUCAGCUCAAACAGGCUGGACACGAGACGGACUUGUUCGUUGCAAGCACUCUGGUGGAUCUGUUCGCGAAGCUGGGCAGCAUGGUGGACGCACAGCAGGUUUUCAACGCGGUGAACCGUCCUGAUGUUGUGCUCUGGAACGCUAUAAUCUCUGCUGCAACUCAGUGCGGAAAGCACGAGCUAAAUCUGGAGCUUUUUCACCGCAUGCACGACGGGAGCGUGGAACCAAACGCUCGGACUUACGUUGCAGUUCUCGGUGCUUGCACUGGAUUGGUAACAAGAUCAGAAGUGGAACCUGAGGACCAGCAGCAGACGGCGACAAUGCUGUGCUUGACAAAAGCCAUGACCAUUCAUCAGCAACUUAGAAAAACUGGAUUCGAGACGGAUAGUUUCGUGGCGAGCUCUCUGGUAGACUUGUACUCGAAGUGCGGCAGCAUGCCCGAGGCACGAGACGUCUUCGACAGAAUGGCCAGCAAAGACGUGGUCUUAUGGAACUCGAUGAUCAGGGGCUACUCACAGGAUGGUCAUGGCGAUCUGGCACUAAAGAUGUUCGCAAAAAUGCUCGGGGAUGGAUUCGAACCAAAUGCUCGAACUUACGUUGCGGCUUUGAGCGCUUGCUCGAGCCUGGCCAAGCGAGAGGUCGGGAAACAGACCGACGACGAGUUUCUUCUACUCAAGGGAAGAUCCAUCCAUUCCUUGCUUGCAAGAAGCGGACAAGAAGAAGCAGAUGUGUUCGUCGGAAGCGCGUUGGUAGACAUGUACUCCAAAUGUGGGAGCAUGGACCAGGGACAAGUAGUUUUCGACAGGAUGACGGAACACAACGUUGUGUCGUGGACAGCACUUAUAUUCGGGCAUGCUUUGAACCAACGAGGAGAGGUUGCUCUGGAUUAUUUCCGACGCAUGCAAGACGAAGGACUAGAGCCGAAUGCUCGGGCUUACAUCGCUGCACUCAAAGCUUGCUCCAGCCUUGCGAUUCCAAUGGUGGAAGUUGACGAAGAAAUUACGUCACGGAAGGUUGCUGCCCUCCACUCUGAGAUCAUCCUCAGCGGGUACGAGUCGGAGGUGUUCGUGGCCAGCAGCCUCGUCGAUGCUUAUGCCAAGCUGGGGAACUUGCGAGGAGCCGAGCAAGUCUUUGGGAAAAUGCCUCAACGCAGCGUUUUGGCGUGGAACUCCAUCAUCAGAGGCUACGUCCAGCACGGCAAGAGCGAGCGAGCUCUGCAGCUUUUCGCCCAAAUGCAAGAUCAAGGAUCCAGGCCAGACGCUGCCACAUUUGUCGAAGCAUUCAAGGCUUGUGGAAACUUGGGAGUUUUGGAAGCAGGACGAGAGAUUCAUCAUCAGACGCGAGCAGCGGGAUUGGAGUCAUGUCCAGGCGUCGCGGCUUCUCUGGUCUGGUUUUACGGCCGGUGUGGAAGCAUGGUCGAGGCUCAACAGGUUUUCGAUUCGGUUAAGCAGGACUUGGUUGCUUGGAGCUCCCUCAUCGCAGGCUACAGCAACCAAGGUGACGGGAAAAAGGUGUUGGAUCUUUUCGAGAGAAUGCAGAUCGAUCAACGGGUGGCACCGGACAGAGUGAUUUUUCAACAUGUUCUCUCAGCGCUGAGCCAUGGUGGACAAGUUAACGAGGCCAAGGAGUGCUUUCGAGUGAUGUGUUCUGAUCACGGUAUAGUUCCGGAUGCCGAGCACUACGCCUGCCUGGUCGAUGUUCUUGGUCGUGCAAACCAGCUCGAGGAAGCUGUGGCUAUGGCGGAGGAGAUUGGCUUGGAGCCAAAUGUGGUCUUUUGGAAGACCAUCUUAAGUGGCUGCUCUAAAUGGAGGAACGAAGAGGUUGCAAGGAUUGCUGUUGAGAAGAUAGCUGCAUUGGAUCAUCGAGGAGCUGAGAAUUAUGUGCUGGUGGCCAACACUUUCGGAAGUUCCGAGUGAGAAAGAUCUCCAGGUGCAGCAAAUACUGGCCUUACACGUAUGACAUUGUCGUGACUACAUCGAGCUACGUAGACAAAGCAGACUUUGACACCUUUGCAGGCUUGUCAUUUGUGA